CCCUACAAACUUGCCAUUGUAUAACAAUUCAGUCACGAAAAAUGGUAAGAACCAAAAGUUUCUGCUGGGGUUCUUCUGCACUUCUCUUCUUAUGCUUAGUUGGGUUCUUUUCCACUCCGGCAAAAGCAGCUUUGAAGACAUACCGAUUCGAUGUUCAAGUGAAGAAUGUGAGCAGGUUGUGCCAUUCUAAGCCAAUUGUUACAGUAAAUGGGAUGUUCCCUGGACCUACAGUUUAUGCUAGAGAAGGAGAUACACUUCUUGUCAAUGUUACCAACCAUGCACAAUACAAUAUGUCAAUUCAUUGGCAUGGAUUAAAGCAAUAUAGAAAUGGGUGGGCAGAUGGGCCUGCCUAUAUCACCCAAUGUCCUAUCAAGACAGGACAUAGUUACACCUACAAUAUCACUAUAACAGGGCAAAGGGGAACUCUAUGGUGGCAUGCACAUAUUUUCUGGCUAAGAGCCACUGUGUAUGGAGCAAUUGUCAUCUUGCCAAAACAAGGGACUGGUUUUCCAUUUCUUCAGCCAUACAAGGAGGCUAAUAUUGUCUUAGGAGAAUGGUGGAAUAACGACGUCGAAGAGGUUGUUAAACAAGGAAACAAACUGGGAUUGCCACCAAAUAUGUCAGAUGCACACACCAUCAAUGGGAAGCCAGGGCCUCUCUUUCCCUGUUCUGAAAAACAUACCUAUGCAUUGGAGGUUGAACAGGGAAAGACGUACCUGCUACGAAUCAUCAAUGCUGCACUCAAUGAUGAGCUAUUCUUUGCCAUUGCUGGUCACAACUUGACAGUGGUAGAAAUUGAUGCAGUAUACACCAAACCAUUCACAUCUCAAGCAAUACUAAUAGCACCAGGCCAGACCACAAAUGUUCUCGUUCAAGCCAACCAAGUGCCUGGAAGAUAUUUCAUGGCGGCUAGGCCAUUCAUGGACGCACCGGUUUCCAUUGACAACAAAACUGCCACUGGAAUCCUGCAGUACAAAGGCAUCCCAAAUACUGUGCAGCCAGUUCUUCCCCAACUUCCGGCACUCAAUAACACAGCUUUCGCAUUGAGCUUCAAUGCCAAGCUAAGAAGUCUAAACACAGCACAGUUCCCGGCCAGUGUACCUCUUAAAGUUGAUCGACAUCUCUUUUACACGAUCGGGUUGGGAAUCAACCAAUGCACCACUUGCCACAAUGGAACACAGCUCACUGCUUCUUUAAACAAUAUCACAUUUGUGAUGCCCCAAAUUGGACUGCUUCAAGCUCAUUAUUUCAACACCAAGGGAGUAUUUACCACAGAUUUCCCAGACCGCCCUCCAACACCUUUCAAUUACACUGGUGCACCACUCACUGCCAACCUUGGCACUAAACUAGGCACCCGGCUUAGCAAACUUGCCUUCAAUUCAACAGUUGAGUUGGUGCUACAAGACACCAAUCUUCUCACAGUGGAGUCUCAUCCCUUCCACCUUCAUGGUUACAAUUUCUUUGUUGUUGGGACCGGAGUUGGGAACUUCGACCCCAAAAAGGACCCGGCAAAGUAUAACUUGGUGGAUCCUCCCGAAAGAAACACAAUUGGAGUUCCUACCGGUGGUUGGGUUGCCUUAAGGUUCAGGGCUGAUAAUCCAGGUGUCUGGUUCAUGCACUGUCAUUUGGAGCUCCAUACCAGCUGGGGUUUGAAGACUGCAUUCGUGGUGGAAAAUGGGAAAGACUCAGAUCACUCUGUCUUGCCUCCACCUACAGACCUUCCACCUUGUUAGUUCCUCGAACCGCAGUGGAGUACUUCUUGAGGAACACAAACCAUUGUUUGUUUUGAUCCUUUUGGCUGAUAAUUGCUUGCAAACAAUCCUGCAAAAUGCAGUAGUUGUGCAUGCAAAAUUCUUGUUUAAGACCCAAUAAAACGGUGUAAUGUG